AGACCGGAAGCGGCCGGGAGGCAAACAUGGCGGCGAUGGCGCUGACGCUGAGGACGCGCUCUGUUGUCUCAGCCUUGUUGAGCCCUCCUCCAGCUGCAGCUCUUGCUGUCAGAUACGCGUCCAAGAAAACGGGUGGCAGCUCUAAAAACCUGGGUGGAAAGUCGCCAGGCAAACGUUUCGGCAUGAAGAAGAUGGAAGGUCACUAUGUUCAUGCCGGCAACAUCCUUGGGACGCAGCGCCAGUUCCGCUGGCACCCAGGUGCCCACGUGGGCCUGGGGAAGAGGAAGUGCCUGUACGCCCUGGAGGAGGGGACAAUCCACUACACUAAAGAGGCCUAUGUGCCCAAGCCCAGCGACCUGGAGGCUGUGGACCUGGUCACCAGGCUGCCGAAGGGAGCUGUGCUCUACAAGACUUUCGUCCAUGUGGUUCCUGCCAAGCCUGAGGGCACCUUCAAACUAGUGGCUAUGCUUUGAAGUCUUGGUUGAGGCCACUGGACAGACUUGGUGCCCAGGUGACAGUAGAGGAGGAAGAGGUCUGCUGGAUGGCGGCUGCAGGAGACUGAAGUGACGCCGGGAAACUGGGAGAGCCGGCCGGGGCCUGAAUAAAGCCAGCUAUGAGGACAGCA